AUGGCCUCUGAAUUCCCCAGAAGACUUUACACCAAAGGGUUUGAGCCAGUCCCGGAUAAAAGCAUCGGCUAUUACGCUGAUGAUUAUAGGCUGGUCCCUGCACUAAAGUCAGCUCUAGAGGAGGAUGAGAUUUACGAGUCACCGUUGGGUGUCUUUUUAAAGUUCCACGAGUUGGAUUUUGGUUGGGCUUCUAGGCUGGUGCACCACAUGCUGACCUUUCAGAUAGUUUGCAAGCAUAGGUACGAGAUAUGGAGCCUCAUUGGUACCACUCCAAUUCAGUUUUCAUUGCAUGAGUUUGAGGAGAUCACCGGACUCAACUGCGAGUACGUGGAUGACUUGGCUUUAACUGAUCUUGCGCUUGAAGAUGACACGCGUGCAUUUUGGGAGCUAAUGGGGGUCGAUGCCGAGUCGGGCCUAAGCACUACCGAAAUUAUCGAAGCCUGUUCCAACUGCUCAUCAUGGUCUCGUGAUGAUAGGCUGCGGUUGGGUUAUCUUGGGAUCUACGCUGGUUUCAUAGUGGCAAUGAGACCCGGCUCAUCCACAAAUGUCAACCAUGCCAGACUAGUGAUGGAUCUCGAAGGUUUUAAGGAGUUUCCAUGGGGAAGAAUUGCUUUUCAGCAUUUGAUCAAUUCUGUUAAGGAGAAAGAUCUCAGCAAAAACAUUCAUAUAGAAGGAUUUGUGCAAGCUCUUCAACUGUGGGUUUACUCUGCUCUACCGGAUUUUGCUGCUGAAUUUGGUGAACCAUUUCCAAAUGUUACUGAAGAACCUCUUUUGCUGGCUUACAAAGGAUCCAGAGGACGAAAGAACGUCAAAGCCAACAUGCUAAAACAGGCUCGCAUACAGUCCUGCGUGGCUAAGGACUUGGCAGAUAUGUUUCCCGUGUGGGAUGAUGACGAACAGGAUCCAGAUAUUGUCAAGAUUGUCAAUGCACUCCAUGACCCCAAUUUCAAGUUCUCAAAAAACCAUUGGCCUUUGGAAGGUGUUUUGGGUGCACACAUCGUCAAGUCAGAAGCCGGAAAGAGGAGCCUUCCCUCAGAUGAAUCAAGUCGCAAGAGAUCCCGCACAGCCUCUGCAUCUGCCGCAUCAUUCAUUGGUGAUGAAGGGGUCGGAGUUGUCGCUACUAUGAAAGCGCACUUCGACCAAUGCUUCAAAAGCUUUUCAACCAAGAUGCUGAAUGGUCUUGGUAGCUGUGAAAAGCAGAUCAAACUUCUCACCGAGAAGGUUGAAUCUGUAGAGCGUGCGGUAGAAGAGUUGACUACAGGGUCGGCGAAGCACACUGAGGAAGAGCCAACCCAGCAGCAGGGCACUGGAUCCAAGAAGCAUGAAGGGAUUAGUUCCAAAAACCCUCCGCCUAUACGAAAACAUUACAUGCAAACAAGAUCACACAAAAGUAAUUCAGAGAAAGAUGAUGCUCCGAUGAAAGCUAAUGUCAACGUUGGUGCGUGUGAGAGUGUUAACGCCCCCGGGGAUGCAAAAGGAAAGAAGGCUGCCGUGAAUGAAGAAGAGGCCCCAGAGCCUAGUAUUUGUGAAAUUGACCCAAAGACGUGUGAUGUUGACUUCGACGCGGUUGCACUUGCCAAAAAUGCCAAAGCCAGAGAAGCGGCUCAGCUAGUUGCCCGAGCAACGAGUGCCAGACACCGCCAGCUGGCUGCGACACAGAAGAGUCCCUUCUUAGGAAACAGCACCGCAAAGGCCAUCAUUCCAUCGUCGGCAUCUCACUCUGGCCGUGCCCGUGGAUAUGAUCCUUUUGAUCAAACCGGUGUCAGGACGAAGCAUACCACUCUAAUGAACUUUAUCAAAUCGGUAGGGUAUGACCAGGUUGCUUGCAUUGGGAGCAGCUGUAUACUUUGUGCAGCUUCCUUGGCUUCUUGCUUUUCCUCCUAG